AUGUCUACUCAGGAAGCACCCCAAGACUUCGAUGUAGUUGUAGUAGGAGCCGGUCUGGCUGGACUCUCUGCCGUACGGGAGCUUCGCAAGAAAGAUCCAAAUCUUAAGAUCUUGGUCAUAGAAGCGAAAGAUCGUGUUGGUGGUCGAACUUUAACUGUUCCUAUCAUGGGACCUGGCCAAAAGCCUGUUAAGUUUGAUCUUGGUGGGCAGUGGGUUGGCCACACACAGCGUCAUAUCAACCAGCUGAUUAAGGAGCUGGGCUUGAAAACAUACGAACAAUAUGAAGCUGGCACUAAGUAUGCCCAAAUCGGAACCCCGGAAUUAAGACAGUAUUCUGGAAAUCUUCCAAUCACGACUUUACAACAGUUUACACCUGUAGAAGUAAUUGAUUGGUACGCAAGUUUAUCAAAAACGGAAAAACUGGUGAAGCAGGUUGAUCUGAAAGAUCCAUUCUCAUGGAAAGAGGCUUCAAAUUAUGAUGGAAUGACUCUUGAAAAAUGGUGUCAAGAGAAUUGUAUUACACGUACAUCUCAUGAUUGUAUGGAUUUGAAAACAACUGCUAUUUAUGGAGUUAAGCCUAGUCGAGUUAAUAUGUUAUAUCAUCUAGCUUUCUCUAAAGCAGCUGGAACUUUCAGUUGUCUAGUCAAUAAUAUUGGAGAUGGUGCUCAAGCUGUUCGUGUUACUGAUGGAACACAGCAAAUGUGUGAAAUCAUGGCGAACGAUUUUGGAACUCAAAAUAUUUUAUUAAAUCGGGCUGUUGAUGAGAUUAUUUACGAUGAAAAAACGGGUUUAACUCUCAUUCAUGCAUAUAGUACUCUUCCUGGAGAAAAAGACGUUUAUGAAUAUUUCCAAUGUAGUCGUGUCAUAAUGGCUAUUCCUCCCAAUCAAUGUGGAUACAUCAAGUUCACUCCUGAUGUUCCUCUCAUUAAGAGUCGUUUAUUCGAGUCGUGCCCUGUGGGUAACUUCAUCAAGUUCAUUAUCACUUAUGAAACCCCAUUUUGGAGACUUGAUGGGCACUCAGGAGAAAUUAUCAGUACUGGUCGUACAUCUAGCACCGGCGAAAUUUUUCCAUUAAUUGAAGUUUAUGAUGCAUGUUCAUCACGUGGUGUUCCAGCUCUCGUAGGUUUUAUUAGCGAAGAAUUCACUGAUAUGAGUAUGGAAGAGAGGAAGGAAGCUAUCGUCAAGGAUUUAGAGAGAUUCUUUGGCGUGAAAUGCCGUACUCAAAUGGUCGACUAUGUCGAAAAACUUUGGGUUCACGAGCCUUUCAAUGGUGGUUGUCCUACAGUUGCUGUAACUCCAGGAAACAUGGACGCCUUCACUACUAUUCGUCAACCACAUUACAGUGUUCACUUUGCUGGAACUGAAACAGCUCUGGAAUGGAUGGGAUAUAUGAGUGGAGCAGUUGAGAGUGGUUUGCGAGCUGCUAACGAAGUUCUCUAUGAGUUAGGAAAGAAACAUCUAGUCUCUAACAAGCAUCUGAACGGUUCUGUGUAUGAAGAAGAUUAUCAACCACCCAAGGCGCCAGGUAGCAUAGCUUAUAUGAAGACAGACGAAGCAUUCGACAUGACUGGUGUUAACGAAGACGCUUUUAACAUAUUGAAAUCGAAAAUAUAA